UUGCCUUUAAAUGAGUGUAUCUGCGGCUGUUGACAUUUUGUAUGCGUUGACAGCUGAUUAUAACAGCGCCCCCAACCAGAGAACGGGAGGAGCGUCACAGAGGUACAUAUUUUGCACAGUCCACCGACAGUAAGUGCGUGAUCAGGUGUUCAACUUCAAAUAAAAACGAUUCUUUGUACAGUCGGGAUGAGUGGAAGGGUUGGCGAUCUCAGUCCCAAGCAGGCUGAAGCUUUGGAACAGUUUCGAGAGAGGAUUCAAGACAUUCUUCCCCAGCUUCCUGCCCAGCAUGACCACUUCCUGCUCCGUUGGCUCAGAGCCAGGAACUUCAACAUCCAGAAGGCAGAGGCCAUGCUUCGGAAGCACGUGGACUUCAGGAAACACGUGGCGGCCGACACCAUCACCACAGAGUGGCAACCUCCAGAGGUGAUAGAGAAGUACCUGUCCGGUGGGAUGUGUGGGUAUGACCGCGAGGGGAGCCCCAUCUGGUACGACGUCAUCGGCCCCAUGGAUCCCAAGGGGCUCUUCCUGUCCGCCUCCAAACAGGACUUCAUCAAGUCCAAGAUCCGCGACUGCGAGAAGCUGCAGAAGGAGUGCGACCUGCAGUCCGAGAGGUUGGGGAGGAAUAUAGAGUCCAUCACUAUGAUCUAUGACGUUGAGGGACUUGGUCUGAAACACUUGUGGAAGCCUGCAAUUGAGACCUAUGGAGAGAUUCUGUCCAUGUUCGAGGCCAACUAUCCAGAGGGCCUCAAACGACUGUUUGUCAUCAAAGCCCCCAAACUGUUCCCGGUGGCCUACAACCUGGUCAAGCAUUUCCUGAGUGAGAUCACACGGAACAAGAUCGUCAUUCUAGGGGGAUCCUCAGCGAACUGGCAGGAGGUGCUGUUGAAGCACAUCGACGCUGAGGAGCUGCCCGCCGUGUACGGAGGCAAGCUGACAGACCCGGACGGAGACCCCAGCUGCCGCACCCUGUUGCACAUGGCAGGGACGGUGCCUACCUCGUUCUACGUGCGGGACUCUGUGAAGGUGGACUAUGAGCAGUGUCUGACCGUCAGCAGAGGGUCCACCGAGCAGAUGGAGUACGAGAUCCUGUUCCCUGGCUGUGUCCUCAGGUGGCAGUUUGCCAGCGAGGGGGCAGACAUUGGCUUUGGGGUCUUCAUGAAGGCUAAGAAGGGGGAAUGGCAGAAGGCGGGCCAGAUGCAGGAGGUCGUGCCCAGCCAGAGAUACAACGCUCACCUGGUCCCCGAGGACGGCUCCCUCACCUGCCCGCAGCCUGGAGUGUACGUGCUGAGGUUCGACAACACCUACAGCAUCUUCCAGACCAAGCGCGUAAGUUUCACCGUGGAGGUCCUGCUGCCUGUCCAAUCACAGUCCUCCAAGGACCAGGAUGGGCCGGACGAGGGGACCAGCAGACAAUUAUGAUGGACUUGACCGAGUGGCUAUUCCCCUCUGCUGGGUAGUUACCCCCACGCCACGGGGACCCCAUAAAGAUGACCUUGACCAUAACCUUGUCCAUGACCUUGACCUCAAGCACUUAACCGUACCAACCAGCCAUCUCCAAGGUAUUACACACCAUGGACCAAAAUGCUGCUUACGCCUACAACACAAUGGAGGCAUACCCAGAUCAUCUCAGGAGAGCUGGACUGAACGCACAGGAUAUACGGGCUUACUUGAACAUUGCUGUAUAAUGAUGUCUACAUUUGCGAGAAACACAGUAUUUUGCUGACAAGUAUCCAUGUAAACUGUAUGUCUGAUGAUAAGGUGGAGCUAUUUAGACAUAUUUGAUCGGGGCUGUGUGCGACGGCAGGAACUUGUUUUGUGCGUUUGUGUUUUAAGAUGUGUUUUAAGGCUGUUUCAAAAUCACUCCACCCACCAACCACUCACAAAAGGAAGGUCCUCAUUUUCCCUCUUUCCAUUUCUUUCUUGUAGAUAUCUGUCUCUUAUGCUUUUGGUCUUGUUUUUAAUCAUAAGGUAAUAUUUAAGUUGAAUCUAUUUUUUAUGUUUUUAUUUAAUUGACGAUUGAUUUUCUUCAGAAUUGACAAAGUGAUGUUUAUGUCAGUUUGAUCUUAUCUUGUCUGUUAAUGCACUAGAACAACAUUCCAUUUUCUAAACCGCAAUUGUUGUUAGAGACUUUGUCCUGGUAAAAGCUUGCCUUAAACAUUACCAAAUGAAAACAUGCAGCACUAGAUCAGUGUCUAAUCUACUGAUCACAUAGUGUCAGCAUUAAGACUUACUUUGCACUUCAUGAAUAUUAUGGAAUGUAGCUGCCUAUACGGUAUAGCCUUAAUUGCUAUAUAGUAUAAUAACCAGUAACAUAAAUGCAUAUUUUAUUUACCUCUUUAUAUCAUUGAUGGUGAUGAUGACCAAGAUCAUUAUGAUUUUAUUUGCUGAAAGCUGAUUUUGGUAUAUGCUUACACUAUUCAUAUUAAUACUUCUGCAAUAGUUGGUGUUUAAGUUGUUGAUAACUCAACAAAGAAAUAUAUUUAUGUCUUUACCUCUGGA